GGAUACACUAAUACAAAUGUCGAAACCAACACUAGAAAAAUAAAUGAGUAAGAGCUACAGGUAUAGUAACAACAAUGGCAAAGUAUUAGUAAUGGUUACAACAAUAAGCAGUUCUUUAGCAGUUGUACAAGGAAAUGAAACACUUCCUGGAAAAUGAAACAUAAAGGUGAGUGUCAUGGGUGUGGUGCACAUACUGAACUAUCUGUCCGACUGCUCAAACACGGUGAUCGUCGCUCUAGAAGGUUUUCUCGAAUUUGUUUGUUGAACCAUGGAAACCGGAACGAUCAGUGUAUCGAACACACAAAAGAAAGCUUUCAAAAAGAGGAAAUGUAGUAAAGAUUUCAUUCAACAAGAAAUCAAAAAGAUUGAACACUUAAGAUCAGCCGGUUUAUUAUUAAUCAGUUGCUUACUGGUCAAGUUAAUAAAAAACAAAAAACUGGACAAUCUCUUUGUUCACAUUGAUGAGAUGCUUCAUAGCAUUUUCUUCCUCGGGUACAUUUAUAACCCCAAGUUGACUCCCAGUGAGUUCUUCAGAAAAUCUACAAUAGAUAAAUUGAAGGAAUUGUUUCCUGAGUCAUCACAAAAUCUUACACUUGAAUUGAAGGAUGAAUUGAUGGAAUUGUUUCCUGAGCCAUUUGAGAAGUACAAAAGUCAUCUGCCAACUCGCACUCCCUUUUCCAUUCUGCUACACAUGAUGGAGAUACUUUAUGGCACUGAAGACAAAAUAAAAGAAAAUCUUCAGCUUCUCCUUAAAGAACUCAAAUUCCCAUACCCCCUUCACAAGUCAGGCGAUGAACAUCAGUAUUAUUACACACUGGAGGCGACAGUAAUCUGUGUGUGUUAUUCAGAAACUGAUUCACAAAAGAAGUACUACGGGGCAUCUCUUUCCUGUAGAAUAGGAAAGGCAAAGAGAAUUUUGAUCGAUCUGUCUUGUCUUAAAACAUGGCAUGAGUUUGUAUCUCAUGCAGUCAUGUCAUUUACUUCAGGAGGUCGGUGCAAUGGCAUUACAUUCCCUGAGUCAGUGAAAUGUCAGGCGUACAUUAGAGACUGGAAUGAAAAUGUUUAUAGAAAAAGACGUCCAUGUUUAAACUGUGCACAACUGUUUAAUCUACAAGAUGCAGACUUGGGUAGCGUGAAUCAUCCCUAUGGGAACUGUGCUGAGACAGAGUGCUUGAGCAAACUACUUUGCGAUAAUAAAGACAUACGAGAGAACACACUGAUGGAAAAUCAUACAGAGGAAAACUUGGAGACUCUCAGACGUUCAACAAAAGCACGCGUGCUAAAUGAUCUUGCUGAGGUUGGCAUUCAAAUGAAUAAUGAGAAUUUUCUCUUCUACAGCCCAAUGCCAAUGCCACCUUUCUAAGUAUACUAUACUGUUGUGUGAAAAAUCAGCAGUUUCUAAAAAUAAUAAUAGUAAUAAUAGCCCAUGGUCAAAGUCACUUGAAUCAUAAUUUUACUCCAGUCUGAUGUAUGACGUGGACAUUAACUGAAGCUCUUAACCUGUAUUUGCAUGAUUGUAUGUAUUUCUCUGCUGCCAGAUGAUUGGCUGACUGGAUAAUUGCAUGACUGAGCUUGUAUACAGGUGUUUCUAUUAAAGUGACCAGUGAGUGUAUAUAAUAAUUAUGCAUAUUUGUCCAAUUGUCUUUCUAAUUGUUAAUGUAAAUGUCUUGUCUUAAUUAAACACAUGC